AUGUUCCCGAAGCAGCACCCGGCCAGCUUGCUCGGGGCCGGCUGGCAGCGGACCGGGCCGGGCCACGAGCUGGAGGCCAGGUCGACAGCCACCACCACCACACUGCUGCCCACGACCUCGACGGUGGUGGACUGCAGCUGCCCGGCGCCUGUGGCGCGAGUGCCGGCCGCGCCGCAGCCGCUGCGGGUGGUCGGAGGCGGGCGGACGGCCACGGUGGAGGUCCCGCUCGCCGCGCUGGCUGCAGCGGGCGCGGCGCUGCUCGGCGAGGAUCGCCCACGAGCCGAUCGGCGAAGCCAGGAUCCGCGUGGCGUGAUGGCGGCGCCGCUGCCAGACGCGGCCCCUGGAUUGCGGAUUUUGGUGCAGUACGAGGAAGAAGAUGCGGGUUGGACUCACGAGAGACUGCUGCUGUGGCCGAGUGCUGCCGAUGGCUCGGAGUGGAUGGUGUACACGGCGGGGAACGACUUGUAUGCAGAGGCCUGGAAGGACUAUCGCUCCGCAGUGACGUGGGCGGGCAGGAGGCGUUUCCCACCUGGCGUUCGGAACGUUGUCACGUUCAGCAGGCCUCUGCUCGACGCCGAGAUGAUCAGCCUCCUGAGGCGCGCUCGGGGCGAGGUCGUGCUGGAGCAUGGCAGCGAUGCCGCGGGCUGGUGGACGCAGGACGCAGUUGACUGGAACGGUGGGCGGCUGGCCGCGCUUCCCGCGACGGCGGUGCUGCGAGUGCGGCUGCGGACGCGGGGCAAGCAUUCGGCGGCCCAGACCGAGUCCGCCGCCUGA